CGGCAUUUUCAGGCACGGCCUUUGUACUCUGAGAAAAAAGUUGAUGGGACGAUUGCGACCUAUUGGAACAGACCUCCAGGAACAGCAUCAUCAGGAACCUUGGGCGAAGGGGCAUCGUCUCGAUUUCAUUCACAUCCUCAGUUGAACAGACCAGCCCUCUCCUUUCUUCCUUCUCUUUUUCUACUUUGGCUCCAAGUCGUCCGGCCCAUCUACUCCAUCAGCCUUGAUUCCUUCAUCCUACUCUUCACUUUUGUGUAAAAGCCCCGCUCAGCGAUCGUCCUUUUUUGCGUCUGGCGUAGCAGCACAAAACCGUAUCGAAUUCCUGAUCCAUACAUUCCAACAGGGUAGAGCACACAGGGCGUACCGACAACUGUCCGGAUCCGUCCAAAAUAUCCAUCGGCGCCCUUUCCCUUGCGGCUCUCAAUCCGGUAUUGGAAGGUCAUCCUUGCGCAAUCCCUACAAAGCGGUUGUCUUCUAUAACUCUUAAGUCCAAGCAUGGCAAGGCGGCCAUUCAAACGUCUGCAGGAUCAGCCCGAUGACAUCGAUACAAGUGUGGAUCAGAUAGAGAUGUUUGAGCCUGGCAGCCAUCAUCAUCGCCAGAACAAUGGCAGCAACACCGUGGCUUCGCCAAUCUCUGAAAGAGCGAGCACUUCCUCAGGGCGAACCACUCAUGAAGCUCAGCCAAGGAGAUCAAUGCAUCAAGUGGAUAUGGAUCUGGAGUGGCCCAUGAUCGACAUUCCCCAGGAGCUUCGAGAGAUGCAAGUGGGCCAGGAUGACUCCAACACCCGGUCGAACUCACAGGCGAAUGCUAUCAGGAAUCCCUUCAAGAGGAAGCUGUUUCUCUUGCUAGAGGACCCGUCAUCCAGCAGCGCCGCCUUUGCUCUCAAUGUCUGGGUCUCGUUUGUCAUUGUCCUCAGUGCCGUGAUUACCACCAUCGAGACUAUCCCCUCCUUCCGAUCGACGGAUUCAACUAUCUGGUUUGACUUUGAGACCGUCAUGGUCGCUUUGUUCACUAUCGAGUUCGGCGCGCGCGUGAUCUGUCAUUCGGAUUCCGUCAAGCAGCUCAAAAAAUUUCUUUUCUCUCCUCUGGCUAUCAUUGAUAUCCUUUCCAUCCUGCCAUACUACAUUGAGUUGGCAUUUACGCGGGACACUACUGUGUUCUUCCGAUUCACAAUCCUAAGGCUGUUUCGAUUGCUACGUGUUUUCCGCACUUUCAAGUACUCCUCAACCGUCGUCAUGACUAUCGAGGUCAUGAUCGUGGCCAUCAAGCGGAGUAUGGAUGCUCUCAGUGCAUUAUUCUUCUUCUUGAUCACUGGCACCAUGUUGUUCUCGACACUGCUCUACUUUGCAGAACGAGGCGAAUGGGAUGAGGCUCGACAGGUAUUUGUGGACGCCAACAAUAACCCGAGCACGUUUGACAGCAUUCCCGCAGCAUUUUGGUAUGUCAUGGUCACCAUCACAACCACUGGAUAUGGUGACAUGGUGCCCACUACGUUUGUGGGCAAGCUGAUCUCGUUUCCGGCAAUGAUGUGUGGUGUACUGUUGAUCACCCUGCCUUCGAUCAUCAUUGGCCGCAACUUUACACUCGUGUGGGAGGCUAUGCAACGCUAUAAGCGGCAAGCCAUGGCCAACAGCCGAGUGGCGGAAGACGCUACAGGUGAUGAGCCACGACAGAGUUUUGAAAGCCGCCACUCGUACGAAUCUGGGACUGCACGACGGGGAUAUUCGUCGCUAGGAGGAAAUGAUAUGGCUCUUGGACAGCAAGAGAUGCUUGAUCGGAUUCAGACCAUGACCCAAGUUCUGAAGCAAAACCAGCAAACUAUGGAUGCAUUACACAAGAUUCUCGAGACUCAUCAGCUCGUGCCAAAGAAUUCGCCAUUCGCGGACCAUGUUGUCCUAUAGAUUAUCAUUCUUUCGCCGUUAUCGCUAUUUCAGUCCGCCAUAAUAUUGCCACAUAAAUAUGUCCCUUGAACCAUGGAACACAAGUAACUAGCCGCAUAAUAAAUGUCCAAACAUGCGCAUGUGAGGGGCAUGCUCCAAGCAUCCUUCAGGCACG